UAACGGACCCAUGCGUGCUUUUCUCCACUGCCCCUAUCUCAGUCCUCUCCCAAACACCAUUAUUGCUUCUCCCCCUUUCAGUUUUCGUCGGUGGGAUUUUCCCGUUUUCCUGCACAUUUCAUGAAUACAAUGGUUUUACAGGUUGUAUGAUAAUGUACUAGCGCGUCUUUGAGUAUUAUAAGGGGGGAGAAGCCAUGGAACAACACAAGUCAUGGCGUUGGCGGAGAAAAGUUUCAGAGAAGAAUGUAGUUGAUGGUCGGAGAGUUAGUCUUUCCUUGGACGGAAAUGUAGAUGAGGAUGAAGAGAGAAUAGGGCAUACUAAGUGCCGAAGUAAUAUCAGUGAUAGGUCGUCAGCCUCGGUCAUUUGUGACUGUAGUGCUAAAGAUGAACUAAUCCGAGUGCACGCACGAAUAGCAGAACAAGCACUAGCAGGUCAAAGGAUGGCAGCAGAGGAGACAGCACACUUCAAGGAAGAGUUAGAAAAGGUGUUGCAGCAAGGAGAACCAGCCGAGCAAAAACUGGCUAAUCUGAGUGCUGCAUUGAAGGACUGCAUGCAGGAGAUAGAAUCUCUUCGAGAUGAACAGAAGUUGACAGUGGAUUUUGGAAAGGAAAUGAGGAAGUUGGAUGGUAAAUUAGCUGAAUCUAACAAAAGGAUUUCAAACUUGUCAGCUGAGAAUGCAAAUUUGAUGAAGGCCCUUUUCUGUAAAGAGAAGUUGGUUCAAGAUCUUGAUAAUGGAAAAGCGGAGUUGGAAGCUGAGUUUGGCAUGUUAAUAGGCAGGUUAGCUUCAGCUGAGAAAGAGAAUACAUUUCUCAAGUAUGAGUUCCAAGAAAUGGAGAAGGAGUUGGAACUGCAAAAUGGGUUUUGGAAAAACUGCCGUAGAUCAGAGUUGGAGAAUGCAAAGCAGAUUAACAAGUUAGAAGCAGAAUGCCAGCAGUUACGCAAUCUAGUUAGAAAAAGGCUGCAAGGUCUAACUGCUCCACUGAAUAUGAAGAGGUCAUCAAAUCCGACAAUGGAAGAGGAAAACAAGAUGUUGAAAGAGAUACUGGCUUUAACUGAGGGUGAGCUACACUCUUGGAGAAUCAAAUACGGUCAGAUGGCUUCCAAAGUAGCAGAACUUAAAGCACAGCUAAACGACCUUUCAGAAGCUGAAAACUCGAUGCAAUUGGCUAUAUCUGAUCUUGGUCUCAGCAAUUAUGAUGAAGUUUGUGAUUCUGAAUCAUGGGCUAAUGCUUUACUAACAGAACUCGAACAGUGCAGACAAGAGAAAAUUAAGAAUGAGCCAGAAAUGGAGAAAUUUGCUAUAGUAACCACCGUGGCUACAGAAGGUUCGGGGAAGGAGAAAGGGUUGCUUACACUUACACAAGGGGGUUCUUGGUUGGAUGAGAUCUUAAAGGUGAUCCUGGAAGAACAUCGAGUUUCAGAAAGAAAUAUGGGUGAGCUUUUACAAGACAUCAAAAUUGCUUUGGGUUAUGAUAAUCUGCAGAAAAAUGAAAAUAGCAGUUCAGAUAUUCAUGGUCUUCUGACAUGGGGAUCUUCAGAUUCUACUCCAAAAGGGGGUUCAACUCUUGCCAGUUUAUUCAGCGACAAUAACACCAACGAUCAGGAUAUAAAAGAAGCUUCAUUUGCGAGGGAAAAGAUAAGAAAGAAUUUUAGUUUUGACAGAUCAAAAAGUGAAAACCAAAUGAAGGUUAAUCGACACAAUACACUUGCUCAAAUGAUAGCCAUUCAAUCAGCUAUGCAAGAAGAAAACAGACAAGUGAAGGAGAAGUUACAGAGUAUGACUGAAGAUAAUGUAGCAGUGAGAAACCAACUGCAUGAAUCAAAGCAAACCAUUGAAAGCCUGCAAAGAGAAGUAGAAUCUCUUAAAGAAUCAAUAGGGCUUGCUGAGGAACAAGUAGAAAAUCAGAGGUUAAUAAAUGAAGAUCUUGAUACACAACUUACAGUUGCAAAAUCCAAACAAAACGAAGGCCUCCAUAAACUAUCAUCCUUAGAGGUUGAGUUGGAGUAUAAGAAUAACUGCUGUGAAGAAUUGGAAACAGCAUGCCUUGAGUUUCAGCUUCAGCUUGAAACGUGCAAGUUCUCGAGCAAGGAAUCUCCGGAUAGUGACACAGAUCAGGUGGCAAAGAUACUGGGAGCAGAAGCCAUACAAAAUUUGGCGAAGCAACUCAAGACAUUGCCAUCAGCCUGCCCAUCAGCAGAUGUGACACAAUUUGAGAAGCUUCUCUCUCCUAUAGCUACUACCAUAAAGAUCCAAAAUUCUUCAAUGACUGAUAACAAGAGCCUGACUGUCCAACAUUCUACUCUACGUGAUUGUAUGAUGGAGGAUGAAGGUGAUCAAACAGAAGAUCUCAAGAUUCUAAGAACCCAAGAAGAAGAAGAAAGUAACAGAGUCAGCUCAGAGAAGCAGAGUGCGAACCAUACAGAGUUCAGAGCUCUGCCUCUGCCUCUGCCUCUGCCUCCUGGGAUAAAGGUGCAAUCUCUUGAACAAGUAGGCAAUUUGGCUCUUGUGCCGGGUAAGAAGACAAGUGGGGGGUUUGGUUUUAUCAGGAAGUUGUUCAUGAGAAGGAAGAGAGGCCCCAGUAAGAUGAAGGGUGCUACUCCAUUGCAGCGCAACACAAGCGCCUUGAUGAAACAAAGGGAUGUCUUACUUGUCAUUUAAUUUAGUAUAGGGAC